CGGCAUUGAGCACACCUUCACUGCCAUGCUUAAAACGCUCACCAAAAAGACCAAGAAAGGCGAUACUGACUUGACGGAUCCUAGAGAUCGGAGCAAUCAAGAGUUUCGAGAUCAUGUACUGGGAAAUAUAUCCGUCAACCUUUCAGCUCUCGUCCAGAAAGGUUGGAUAUCGGAACAUACUGUCGAUACUCUUGUUCAAACACUUCAAAGUAACGGCUUGACUGUUAGCACAACUGCCAGUGUUGCCGUCGGAAAUGGUGCUGUGCAGCAAGAGAAUCCGCCCCCGCCGCCCGAGCGACCUCCCGCGUAUGAGUUGCCUUCCGUGGCAGUAGCGGGUGCAUAUGUUAGCGGAGAUGUUAAAAAGCACAUUGAUGGAGCUGUCAAUAAUGCCAAUAUUACGGGAUCUGCAAACGGGGGGAGUGUUGCUGAAGCCACCGCUGCGUUAAAUAGCUUUAAUAUGGCACGAAGUGUUACCACGCCGGCGCUGAGUAGCGCAUUGAAUAGCGCACCGAACGACAGUGCACCACCUCUACCGCGCCGUCUGGGAGAACGAUCUACCACGUCCGCGCCCGCCUCGCGUAACAUAACACCAUCUGGCCCUCCAAUUCCCGCACCCAAACCACAACGAAAGAUCAUGGUAGCCACAGCCGAUUUUGAACCCUUGGAGGAGGACGAUCUGGGAUUCAGGACAGGUGAUUUAAUUGCGGUGAUUGAAGACGUGGACGAGAAUUGGUACAGAGGUACUCUACGCGGAAAGACGGGGAUAUUCCCCAAGAGCUUUGUCCAAGUUCGGAGAUGACUCUAAGUAUCAUUAUGACUGCUGUAUCUUGGCCUACUGUUUUUUAUAAUAUCCACUUUUAAUGUUGACACCUUUCACGAUCUUGAGUGUAUAGCGUGACGGUGGUCACUUAUUCUCUGUGUUCCGAUGUACAUGUUGAUCGCA